AUGGCAGCCUCGACCGUACCGACGCAAGACAACAUCCUCGUCCCCGAGACGCUGCUGAAGAAGCGCAAGUCGCAGGAGAGGGCGCGCGAGGAGCGUGCGGUUGCGACCAAGGAGAAGCGAGACAAGAGCAAGAAGAAGCGCGAGGUCAUCUUCCAGCGUGCUGAGAAGUACGUCAAGGAGUACCGCGAUGCCGACCGCGAGAAGAUCCGUCUGAAGCGCGAGGCCAAGAAGCAGAACGAGCUCCACGUUCCUGCCGAGUCCAAGCUCGCCUUUGUCGUCCGCAUCAAGGGUAUCAACAAGAUCGAUCCCAAGAAGCGCAAGACGCUGCAGCUGCUCCGCCUGCUGCAGAUCAACAACGGUGUCUUCAUCAAGCUCACCAAGGCCACCCUGGAGAUGCUGAAGAUUGUCGAGCCGUUUGUGGCCUACGGCUACCCCAACCAGAAGUCCGUCCGCGAACUCAUCUACAAGCGCGGGUACGGCAAGGUUGACAAGCAGCGCCUGCCGCUGACUGACAACGAGAUCAUCGAGGAGAACCUGGGCAAGUACGGCAUGAUCUGCAUGGAGGACCUCAUCCACGAGAUCUACACCGUCGGCCCCAACUUCAAGCAGGCCUCGAACUUUUUGUGGCCGUUCAAGCUGAACAGCCCCAACGGCGGCUUCCACAAGAGGAAGUUUAAGCAUUUUGUCGAGGGUGGCGACCUGGGCAACCGGGAAGACCACAUCAACGAGUUGAUUAGGCAGAUGAACUAG